GGGAGGAGAUAUUUUGUUCCGGACGUGUCCAGUACUAUGAUCAGCCGCUGGGGGUAAUCGCUGCUCUUACCCACGAUGUGGCCGUAUAUGCGGCGACAUUGGUGCGGGUGACUUAUGCCAAUAACCAGGUGAAGAUCUAUACCAGCAUGAAUUCCGUGCUGGCAGACAAAGUGGAAAAUCGUCUUGUGACAAGCUCUGGGCCACCUGAAGAGUUUUCCAAGCCACCGCUCGAGCCUGGUGAUGUGCUGGGACGUGGAAUUCUUGAGCUUGAGUCGCAAUACCACUUCACCAUGGAGCCACAAACGACGGUGGUGGUGCCUGUGGAACAGGGGCUUCAGGUUUGGAGCGCCACUCAAUGGAUGGACGUGACCCAGGCCAGCAUAUCGCGAAUGCUUAAGUUGGAGGCAAAUGCAGUCCAGUUACAGGUGCGACGCAUCGGCGGAGCCUAUGGCGCCAAGGUUACACGUGGUAACCAAGUGGCAUGUGCCUGUGCACUUGUUGCACACAAACUGAAUCGGCCAGCGCGUUUCGUGCAAACCAUCGAAUCCAUGAUGGAGACAAACGGAAAGCGCUGGGCUUGUCGCUCCGACUAUGAAUUCCAGGCGCGUGCUAACGGCUCCAUACGCAUGCUCAGCAACAACUACUACGAGGAUGCGGGCUGCACCCUUAAUGAGAAUGUCGUCGACUUUCUCACCUUACCAGCAAUCAAAAGUGUCUACAAUCUGACCAACUUGAACUUUAAGGUAAAGGGUACUGCUGUAAAAACGGAUGCGCCCAGCUCUACAUGGUGCCGGGCUCCAGGAACAGCAGAGGCCAUUGCAAUGACAGAGACGGCACUGGAGCACAUUGCCUUUGCCUGUAAGUUGGAUCCAGCGGAUGUGCGCCUGGUAAAUCUCCGACCGGGCAGCAAAAUGGUCCAGCUGCUGCCUCGAUUUCUGGCCUCCACUGAGUACCGCAAACGACGGGAGCAAAUCAACUUAUUUAACGCUCAAAAUCGAUGGCGCAAACGAGGUUUGGGAUUGGCCCUAAUGGAGUUUCCUUUAAAUGUGAGCUUCGCCUUGUGCUACCCCACGACGGUAGCUAUUUACCAUGCGGAUGGCUCUGUGGUCAUCUCGCACGGUGGCAUUGAGAUCGGUCAGGGCAUAAACACAAAGGUAGCCCAAGUUGCUGCCUUUGUGCUAGGUGUGCCGCUAGAGCGUGUGCGUGUGGAGAGCAGCAAUACAAUCACGGGAGCCAAUUCUUUUGUGACAGCCAACUCAAUGGUCAGUGAACUGGUUGGCAUUGCCGUGCGCAAAGCCUGCGACACGCUAAACCAGCGUCUGGAGCCGGUCAAGCGCAGGUUGGGCGCCCAGGCUAGCUGGCAGCAGGUGGUGGAGUCGGCCUUCAUCCAAUCGAUCAGUUUGAUUGCAACCGAGUCCUACAAAAUGGGUGAGCAAAAUAGCUACAGCAUCUAUGGUUUGAGUCUCAGCGAGCUGGAGUUGGACAUACUGACUGGCAACCACUUGAUACGCCGCGUUGACAUCCUAGAGGAUGCGGGCGAGAGUCUCAGUCCCAGCAUUGACGUCGGUCAGGUUGAAGGAGCUUUCGUCAUGGGUCUGGGUUAUUACCUAACCGAGCAGUUGGUCUACGACCGCCAAACAGGUCGCCUUCUCACGAAUCGCACCUGGAACUAUCAUCCACCAGGCGCCAAGGAUAUACCCAUUGAUUUCCGCAUUGAGCUACUGCAAAAAAGUCCCAACCCCGUUGGUUUCCUACGCUCAAAGGCCACGGGCGAACCGGCUCUCUGUCUGGCUGUGGGCGUGCUCUUUGCCAUGCAGCAUGCUAUACAAUCGGCCAGGCAGGAUGCCGGGUUGCCGCGGGAAUGGGUGCGACUAGGCGCACCUACCACACCAGAAACCGUAGUAUUAUCAGCAGGUAACGAAAUUCAACAAUUUGCACUACAAUAGUUUAAAAAUAUAUAUAUAUCUAUUGCUAUUGUUAUAUUUAUAUAU